ACUGACCUGUGGUCAUAUGAAGCCCGCUGUUGAGGACCGAAAAGGGGAUUAGGCAAGCUCCCGUACUCACCUGCUGUUCUCUCUUUUGAAAAGGCAACCUACAGCUGUCUGAAGAUGCUGAAGCGGUCUGUGCUCCUGCUGAUAACCAGCAUCGGUCUCUCCAAGCUGUCACUCAGUUGGCUCGGAUCUGCAUCGUCAACCUCACGUUCGGAGCCACAUAGUAGUUCAAGCAUCCCACCAGGGCCAAAAGUGCCCGAGUGCAUUGAAUCCUGGGAAACGUACAAGAGCUAUCAGCAGCGACGCCAGACCUCUACCGGCUUGACAGCCCGAAAGGUCUUGGUCGCGGACCUCGAGUCUCGUGUUCCCUCGUCCGAACUUGUGGAAGAUGCGGAUCCCUACCAAACGACGGAGGAUAUCCUAGGGCACGGCGCCAGUGGAUUUGUCUACGGGGGCACCUGGAUACCGCUGAGUGACGCAUCCAACCACCAGCUGGAUCUCCUGGGUCAGCAGGACGUGGCAGUCAAGGUCUCGCACGACCCAUGGCUGCUAUGGGAAGCCCAUAUGAUGAAUCUGGUGCAGGGCGACCACGUUAUCAGGGCCACCGCUACCUUCACGAUCCCCCAGCCCAACGACACCCAGGCGCAUAAUGGAGCCGUCUACGCGAUGGUCAUGCCGAGGGUACGCGGCAGUCUGCAACUGUGGGCAAACGAACUGCCGCCCGCCAACCGGGCACGACAAACGCUGCCCGUCAUGCUGCAGAUGGUCGAAGCGCUGGUCCAGCUCCACCGACAGGGCUUCGCGCACCAGGACCUAAAGCUCGGAAACAUGGUAUAUGACCGCACACCGACCGGAGAGAUGCGCGUCCUGAUAUCGGACCUGGAUCGGAUCACUCGUUCGCGGGAUGUUCGCGGCAGCGCGGGGACGCUGGGGUAUCUCUCGCAGGCAGAAAUCCUAUUGAGAAAAACGUUUGAUCCUAUGAGCUCUGAUGUCUUCGCGAUGGGUAUGGCUCUGCUUCAGUUGGCUUUCGAUAGCAUGUCCAGUCAUGACUUUCGUAUGCUGGUGUGGAGGACUGUGGUGAUUCAAUAUGAGUUAGUAAUUGCUCAACCUCGGCAUUUCCCAAUCGGGCGACUAGCCAAAAUGCGCAAUGCGCACUGUACCUUAGUAUAG